ACCUCUGGCUGCCUGCCUUUUUGACUUCCAUCACAUAUCUGACACGGUGAUCAGCCCCUUCACCCUCCGUACUUGUCAAGCUCUUCUUCACCUUUUCAAACCACACUGGUUCUCUGACAGCCUCCAUCCUGGCCGGCACUAUUCCAGCCAAGGGGGAAGAGGACUUCCUAACGCUGGCCGCCUCGCGGCUCAGCCACAGGAAACGUGUCAUUGGUGCUGCAGUAGGUGUGGCCAUGGUUCUGAUAUUGUUGGUGGCCAUUCCCCUGCUGGUCCACACCACCAAAGGGGCUACUACGACUGCAGGGAGCCAUUACGAAAUGCUUGGGAGCUGCAGGAUGGUGUGUGACCCCUACACCACCUCACAGUCGGGGCAGGAGCUGACGGCUGUGUCUCCACCACCACCGGAUAACCCUGGGAGGAAGAGUAAAAGUGGUCUUCGUGGACCUCCUGGAAUCCCUGGUCCACCAGGGGCACGAGGACCCCCUGGAGAGCCAGGAAAACCAGGACCGCAGGGACCCCCGGGUCCGGGUCCUGGUGGGUAUACUCCAUCACUCUAUACUCCAAAAAUCGCCUUUUAUGCAGGCCUGCGGAAGCAGCACGAAGGAAGUGAAAUACUCAAGUUUGACGACGUGGUGACAAAUGUCGGUAACUACUAUGAGCCAACCACAGGCAAGUUCACGUGCCCUCUUCCUGGCAUCUACUUCUUCACCUACCAUGUCCUAAUGAGAGGUGGCGAUGGGACCAGCAUGUGGGCAGACUUAAAGAAGAAUGGACAGGUGAGAGCCAGCGCCAUCGCUCAGGACGCUGAUCAGAAUUACGACUACGCCUCCAACAGUGUGAUUCUGCAUUUGGACGUUGGUGAUGAGGUGUGUGUGCAGCUGGACGGAGGGAAGGUUCACGGAGGAAACACAAACAAGUACAGCACCUUCUCUGGCUUCCUCAUCUACCCAGACUGAAUCGAAUUCUACUCGCAGAAGGACGAAGCAAAUUAAGGAAAACACACACACACACACACACGUGUAUGCAAAA